GUGGGAACGAGUAGUAACCAGGAAGUGGCUAGUAAGCUAGCAACGAUAAUGAACAGCUGAGACUUCGGUAUUUUGACAGCUUCAGCAGGGCAGGAUGGGCAGGCAGAGGAAGAGGGUGGUGACCGGUGAAGCUGCUCCCCCUCCAAGGAAAGAUGAGAAGCCCGCUGCAUUUCACCGUAAAGAGAAGAAAAAGAAAGUUGAUAUUGGCAAAGUCUUCAUCAACAUCUCCAUUGGUCUUUGUAUAUUCAGCCUGAUCUGGUUCUUUUACGCGCUUUACAUGCGCUCCAAUCUGGCCAAACGGGUAAUAACCCUGCACCCCUCGCCUGCUGUCCUGGAUGCUAACAGCAGCAGUGCCAAGGUCUCCACCGAGAGGUUCUGGGGCUCGUACAGGCCUCAGGUCUACUUUGGCAUGAAAACCAGGAGUCCCAGGUCCAUUGUUACAGGUAUGAUGUGGAUGCGUCAAUUUUCUGACAUGGAUGUAAACCUGAGGCAUACUUGUGAGCAAGGGGAUCGUUUGCAAGGCUAUGGCUGGAUGAUGCAUGAUGGGAUCACUUUUGGGGUCCAGGAAAUCAGAGACAACGAUUUUACACUAACCACAGAGUUUGUCAAGAGGAUGGGAGGGAGUCACGGAGGAGACUGGACCUGGAGGAUCACUGCCAAACAGCAUAGCUCGGCCCCUCAAGCGCCAGUCAUCUCCCUGAUGUUUUACACAGCAGCAGACACCCAGGGCUCACUGGAGGCUCACAUUGAGGAUAAAAGCCGCCUUGCAUCCGUCACUGGCUUCUCAGAGGAGCUUGGAAACUUUAAGAUCUCCUUCCGAAAGCCAGUUACCGGGGAAUCAUCCAGUGCCAAAUAUGCAAGCUACAACUAUCUUCAGACUGUCUCUCCUGGCUUGGAGAAGCUGACUGACAUUGUGAAGCAAAGUCUGAACCGCAGGUUUGUCUACAGCCCUCCUUCUGGGGAGAAGAGGCAUUACAUAGCUGUAGAUACCUACAAGCCCCCCCACCACCAGAACCAACAGAAAUCCGCUGACGCACGAAAAGAGAGUGACUUCGUUCUUCACCAGGUGACCGUCCAAAUGCCGUUUCAGAUCGAAGUUCUGUUUGAGUCUGGGAGUUUCCACAACCGUCCCAACCAACUGGUGGGCUCAGUGAUGACUCAGGAGCUGGAGAGUAGGAAAGCGGAGUUCGACUCAAAGUUUGAGAAGACUUUUGGGCUGGAGAGCAAAGGCUUUAGCCAGGCACAUGUUAAGUUUGGCAAGGCAGCGCUCAGCAACAUGUUGGGUGGAAUGGGAUACUUCUAUGGCCAGUCAGUGGUACAGUCAGUCUACAACGAAUACCCGCUCCUGUAUCCUGAGGGGGCUUUAUUCACAGCCGUACCAUCACGCUCUUUCUUUCCCAGAGGAUUCCUUUGGGAUGAGGGCUUUCACCAGCUGCUGCUGAGCAAGUGGGACCCCCAGGUGACACGGGAGUCUAUUGCCCACUGGAUAGACCUGAUGAAUAUGGAGGGCUGGAUCCCCCGUGAGCAGAUCCUGGGAGACGAGGCUCGCAGUAAAGUCCCAGCUGAGUUUGUAGUUCAGCGUAACGAGAACGCCAACCCACCCACUCUGUUCCUAGCCCUUCAGGAGCUCAUCGAACAGCUCUCUUCCGAUCCAGAGAAGGCCACAUCUCAACCGACCUUGCCUUUCCUCCGACGGCUGUUCCCCAGACUGAAAACCUGGUUUGAAUGGUACAACACCACACAGACGGGGCCCCUACCGAACUCUUACCGCUGGCGUGGGCGUGACAAGGACACCAAUCUUUUCCUCAAUCCUAAGACCUUGACUUCUGGGCUGGAUGACUACCCUCGCGCCUCACACCCCUCAGCAGAAGAGCGCCAUGUGGAUUUACACUGCUGGAUGGCCUUGUCCUCGGGCAUCAUGGCGAGCAUAGCGCGGCUUCUAGGCGAGCCACAUCAUGACUAUGAGCUCUCCCACCAGGUGCUCACUGACAACAAGAAGCUGAAUGAGCUCCACUGGUCAGAUCAACUUCAUGCUUUCAGCGACUUUGGCAACCACACCCAGGCUGUGUCCUUGCAGCAAGAGAAGGUUUAUGUCCCCCCCGGACAACCUCGUCAUCAGUUCCCUGUGGCGCGCCUCGUGCGCUCAGUCCGCCGCGCCCCUAAGCUGCAGUUUGUUAAUGCUUUGGGUUACGUUAGCUUGUUCCCCUUCUUGCUGCACAUUCUUACACCGGAUAGCCCAAAGCUAGAACAUAUCUUGCGUGACAUGAGAGACUCCAACAAGCUGUGGACGCCCUACGGCCUGCGUUCAAUCUCUAAAUCCGAUCCAAUGUACAUGAAGCGAAACACAGAACACGACGCCCCCUACUGGAGGGGACCGAUAUGGAUUAACAUCAACUACUUGGCAGUCAGAGCCCUGCACCACUACAGCAACACAGAAGGGCCAUACCAAGAGAAGGCAGCUGCUCUUUAUGAGGAACUCAGGACUAACAUCAUCAAUAAUGUUUACAGACAGUAUGUUGAAACAGGGUAUAUCUGGGAACAGUACAAUGACAGCACUGGCAGGGGCCAAGGGAGCCACCCCUUCACCGGCUGGUCGUCCCUGACCGUAUUAAUGAUGGCUGAACAGUACUGAUAAUGUAGAUUGCAUCUCAUGUGUAUAAGAUAUUGGCCCUCAGUUAUCUGGAUGUGACUGAAACCUCCCGAAAUCAGGUGUUAAGAUGUAGUUACAGGUCUGGUCUCGUUGAUAAAAGUCAACACACUGAAAUAACAACAUCCAGCUUGGAAAUUAGACAUGUAUGAUCAUAUUUCAGCAUUUAACCUUUAAUUAAAACCACAGGUUUCAAACAGGUAUUCUCUGACGGUUGAUUUUCAUCUAAGUGCAGCUACUCUGUCUAUGCUGUAUGUGGAGCCCAGCACAGUCUAGUGCUUCAGGUAUACACUUAAGAUUCAUUUAGGAAACACUUAAUGAACUCAUAUGCGCAAUGCAAUCUCAUUACUUCACAUUGCAACAUUUAAUUAUCACAGUAUUUUCUAUAAUAUGCAGGAAACCGCUGGUCCACUUCUCUUAGGGAGCAUGCUUACAGGGUAUAUAUGAGCUGUUGUAUAAUAAGUCUUUAUCAGAUUCAUCAUUCAUCAAGUGAGGGCCAUUAUUCUUUAUUGUGCCAUUUCUCUUUAUCAUACUGUAUGUCUUCAGUUCUCCGUCUUAAUGAUUGGUAAUUUUGAUAUUUAAUUGUUUGAUCAAAGUCUUUAAAAAAAGGUUAUUGCGCCAUAUUUGUAAAGUUACUGCUUCCUAAAGCAGCCAUAUUUUUUACACAGCCUGUAGUUUGACUGGCAGGGAAUACAACAGACUGGCUGUGACAUUGUUUUUGUUUUGUUUAAAACAAUAAACGGUUUGAACUA